UCUUAUGUAGUUUCUCAAUCUCACUAUAAAUUUUGUGGCAACUAUAACCUUUUGACUCAAGUUAUAUAAAUCACUUUUCUCUUUUCUCUUUUCUCCAUUGCAUUCUUUAUGUCUUAUAGCUAUUUCCCCAUUACUUUCCAAAGAAAGAUGGAAUACACUCAAAACCCUAAUAAAUCUGAGCAAAUAAGAUGGAACUCAGAUGAUAUAGGUGGUCCAGCACAAGCUAGAUCCUAUUCUUGCACUUUUUGCAAGAGAGGGUUUUCAAAUGCACAAGCAUUAGGAGGCCACAUGAAUAUCCAUAGAAGAGAUAGAGCCAAGCUCAAACAACAAUCUUCUGAAGAAAACUUGCUUUCUUUGGACAUAUCAACUAAGAACACAAUUGACCAUGUUGAUUUGGAAGAGAAUCAUGAGACUCAAAAAGGAAAGUUGGUUACAACCAAAGAACUUCCUAGAAGUUCUUCAUUUGUUGAUAUAAAGGGAAGUGGUGGGGUGACACAUAGGAUUGAAGAGAAUAAAUGUGAUUUAGACCUUGAACUUAGGUUAGGUUAUGAGCCAAUAGGUUCUUCAUCAUUGAGCACUCGAUCAUUCUUUUGAGUUGCAUGCCAAUUGAAAAAUUGGCUAAACUAGGUCACUUUUUUUUCCUAAAGUAUAUUAAUUCUGGUUUUUUAUAUAAACAAAAAGGUAUUGUUAAUAUAGAAAACCAGAGAAAAUAACUAAAUGUGAAAUUAUUUGUAUUAUUAUUAUUAUUAUAUAGAAAAAUUACUUGUAUU